AUGGUAGGCAGAGCACCAAGCACGUCGCUCUAUGGUGAGGAGCCCAAUGUCAGUCUCGGAAACAGAUACCUCCUUUUUCAUCCGAACUGUCUCGCGGCAGUCAAAGCUUGGCACAAAAAGACAGAAUGCUGCCAUUCUUCUCGCUGCCAAGGAUUUACCGUCAUGCUGGCGAAGUCGCUUCUCCUUUGCAUUUUGGCUGCUUCCCCGAUUCUCGCUGCCCCCCAGGGGCCUGCGGCCACAACGUCGACGACUUCUGUCACUCACACCUCGUCGUCUUCCUCCUCGUCGACUUCCUCCUCCAAACCGCUGACCACCUCAUCGACCACUGUCAGCACCUCGUCGACACCGUCAUCCACUAGCUCAUCCAGUUCAACAUUUAAAAGCUCGUCAUCCACGACGUCAUCCACCAGUUCAACCAGCUCGACCUCUAAAUCCUCCUCGACAUCAUCUACCAGCUCCACCUCCAAAAUCUCGUCGUCCUCAACCUCUUCUUCAUCUAAAACAUCGUCACCCACAACCACAUCUCCCUCAACUACGUCAACCACCUCGAGUACUACCACGACUAGCAAGACCACUACUAGGACCACUACCACAGUGACAUCGACUCGAACUGUCACUUCUGGAAUAAGCGUCACAACCACUACGACUUCAAGUACCACUACGACUCCGACUACUGGUCCGAUCACUGUCACCGUUACAGCCACGACCACAAUCCCCAUUACUACCACGGCCCGCCGCACUACCACAGUGACCUCAAUCCGAACCGUCACCUCCGGAAUAAGUGUCACGACCACUACUACUCCCAGCACUGCUACGACUCCGACUACUGGCCCAAUCACUGUUACCGUCACGUCUACGACCACAGUCCGAAAUACAUCCACUACGCAUAUUAUAACGGCCACCCCUACUCCUACUGGUUUCCAAAUCCAUAACAACUUCAGCAAUAAGUGUAUGGACGUUGCGGGUAACAUCCGGCAGAAUGGAACUCCGGUUCAGAUAUCCGACUGCAAUGGCAGUUCAUCUCAACGAUGGAUUAUCGCUAGAGGCGUCACGAGGGUUCAACUUGCAGGCACGAACUUCUGCUUGAAUGCUGGCAUGUCGAACGUCUUCGUCAAUGGCGACCAGUUGAAUAUCCGGCGGUGCAUCGACUCUAUCCCAGCUCAACUAUGGGAUUAUACGAACCAGAAUCAGAUCAUGCUAAAAGCGACAGAGGCAGGAGGGAACCCUCAAUGCGUUGAUUGGCCCUUCAACAAAACUCAACUGCAAACCUACCAAUGCCUCAAUGUCGGAAUUCCGAACGAGAUCUGGACCAUUACCAACACUACUACGUCUUAA